CAGAACACUGGCUCCAAAUUUUAUAAUAAAAAGUUCUGUCUCUUGUAUAAAUAGUAAGCAUUUCCUCCGCCAUGAUUACACACGUCUUCCAACUCUCAUAGGGAGGAGAAAAUGGUGGUGGAGUCGCCUGUUUCGGUGAGAAGCAAGAAAAACAGGGCAGUAGGGAUUCCUUCGAUUGACCUUUCUCUUGAUAGGUCCAAGGUGUCGGAGCUGAUCGUCCAAGCUUGCCAAAACUACGGAUUCUUUAAGGUUAUUAACCAUGGCGUUCCUACGGACACAAUAUCCAGAUUGGAAGACGAGGGGAUAAUUUUUUUGACCGUCCGGCUCGUGACCAGCAACAUGCGGAGCCGACUGACGGUUUUGGUUAUGGUUCGAGGAACAUCGGUCUCAAUGGCGAUAAGGUGGUGCGGCGAAUGGUUAUAUAAAAGCAGUCAGAGACUUGGCAAGCGAGAUUCUUGACCUAGAGGCCGAAGGUCUACGAGUCCAUGACAGGUACGUCUUCAGUAAACUAAUCGAAGACGUCCAAAACGACUCCGUCUUAAGGUUCAACCAUUGUCCUUCUCUCAAGACUUCAAAAUCACGCAAAGACGAUGAUGAAGUUGGAUUUGGCGAGCAUUCCAACCCUCAAAUCCUCACCAUUUUACGAUUCAACGAUGUUUCCGGCCUCCAAAUCUCUUUGCCUGAUGG